AUUGCAGUCUUCUGUCACUUCGGAAAGAAAAUCGGAAAGUGCGGUAUCGUUUGCAGGUGAUUUGCUGUCGUCGGUCUGUUGCGGUUCCCGUCGUCGAAAAUAAAAUGAUUGCCUCUCGUGCUCUGCUGUUGGGCCGCCUGCUGCAGCGUGUGGCCAGUUCCCCGGCAACUAGGGCGACCGUCCGUAACCAGCUAGUCCGUCACGGACACGAUGUUGCAUACCGAAUGAAUGGGCCAAAGCCGGAUAUGAUGGUCCGUGUCGGAGCCCAAGUCGCCGGAGGAAUGAUGUGGUGGUGGGUGCUGUGGCAUCUGUUCCAUGAAUACGAACAUAUUACGGGAGAAUUCGACUAUCCGGAUCCCACUCUGUGGACCAAUGCCGAAUUGGGCAUUCCUGCCGACGAUGAAUAGAAGCAUUCAAACGAUUUUACCUAGGAAUCAUCUAUUUCUCCAAUUGCACAUCUUCUAGCUGGCGGAACUAGAUAUGCAGUUGAUUUGCCAGCAUUAAAAAACGUUCAUAUUGUAAAUAAAGAAAUAAAAUGGA